UUUGCAGUUUUUGAUUGCCCCAUCUGAUUCCACUAAGCAUGCCUUUCCAAUGACUUUUACCUGCAACUGGGAUGAAAGUCAUUGAGUUGAUUCCUCCCUUGACAAUGGUAUGAUCGAUUCCUCCAAAAGUAAUCUGCGAUCUUGAGCCUGUGUCUGUGAAUCUAACUCCAAAGGAAUUUUCAGGAAUAACACCUUCUUCGUAUAGCUGAGUUACAAGACAUACCGAGAAUACCAUCCCACUUUGAUCCUUCAUGACCAGGAAGGUUUGCACUUUUAAUUUCAAGCAUCUGAAAGUUGUCGACUGAGUCUGACUGGUCAUUGGUCAGGGAAACUUUCCCUCUGACUUUGCUUCCUGUGACAGUUCCAGAGCCGUAAGUAAUUUUCUUCACCCCCUCUUCAUUGUCCUUUAAGUAAGAGUGCUCUAAUGAGUCAUCAGAAGGACACCCAGUUCAGAUAGAUGAGGGAGCCCAAAGCCAACUUGAGCCUGUAUCAAAGAUCAUCUGAAGUCUAUCUGGCUGAGGAGAAUAGUCAUCCCAAAAGUAUAAAUUUGCGAAGUAGAUUAGAUCUGCCUGGUUUGUCAUUCCAUGAAUAUGCAUUGAAGGCUCAGGAGUAUAAUUAGGAUUGUCAUAGAAAUACCCUAGCUCAUUAAGGAUCCUUCUAUUAUCUGGGUAAAUCUUGGUUAAAUUAACUGUUAGGGCACUUAAGGCUGAUAAAAAGUUAAGUGUUACUACUAUUCUUAGCAUAACAGUCAUUU